CGCCUGUGCGGAAAACGUGCUAACUGCUAAGAGAUCGACAGAGAGGGAAGAAGUUCGAGCUGUAUUGGCGUCUGCGUGACGUACGGACGAACUGGGAGUUUCAAGUUUGUAGUGAAGCUGGUUAAGUUAGAAAAUGCAGUACACGUACGCGAAUUAGUUACCAGGAGUGUGCAGUACUAUUCGACUCACCAGAUCAAAGAAUCUGAGUUGUUGCCCGUUAUCAGGCCAUUGUCACAGGAGCAAGAAAUUAAAAAAAAAGUAAUUUAUGUGUAUAGGACGUCGUACAACAGAUCCGUCAGGAAGGACAAUGAGCAGCUCGGAGGAGGUUUCUUGGAUAUCAUGGUUUUGCGGGCUUAGAGGAAAUGAGUUCUUCUGUGAGGUUGAUGAAGACUACAUUCAGGAUAAGUUCAAUCUUACCGGAUUGAAUGAACAAGUUCCACACUAUCGUCAGGCACUUGACAUGAUUUUGGAUCUUGAACCUGAUGAUGAACUGGAGGACAAUCCAAACCAAUCUGAUCUUAUUGAGCAAGCAGCUGAAAUGUUGUACGGUCUCAUCCAUGCUAGAUACAUUCUUACAAAUCGAGGAAUAGGUCAAAUGAUAGAAAAAUACCAAUCUGGUGACUUUGGCCAUUGCCCAAGAGUUUAUUGUGAAAGCCAGCCAAUGUUGCCAAUAGGUUUAUCAGACAUCCCAGGUGAAUCCAUGGUGAAGACAUAUUGUCCAAAGUGUAUGGAUGUUUAUACACCAAAAUCUUCACGACACCACCAUACUGAUGGGGCAUAUUUUGGUACAGGUUUUCCACAGAUGUUGUUUAUGGUGCAUCCAGAAUACCGUCCAAAGCGACCAGCUAACCAGUUUGUACCUCGGCUAUAUGGAUUCAAAAUACACCCACUUGCAUACCAGAUACAACAGCAGGUAGCAACAACUUUCAAAGCACCUCCACGCCCUGUAACAUAUAACAAUGGAAAGCGCUAGACUGUAGUGCAGUAUAUCUUGUCUCUUCUGUGGAUCUGUUUGAGUUCUAAAUUGUUCCUCUAUUAGUUUAAAUAUCUCUGUAAUACUUUGUCUCUCUGUUAUCUGUUGUAUUAAGACACUGGAAAAAAAUUGUAAAGCUGUGUGUUAUUACCCCCUUCUAUGUGGAGUUUAAUGUAUCAGACUAAUUAAAAAUAGGCAGUCUUCUUGCAUUUCCCGGGUUCCUAUACCAGGAUACAGAGGAUAGGGGGAAAAAAGGAAAACUUUUUUCAUUGCUACUUGUUCAGAUUUGUACUGAUUCUUAUUACAUUUAGCGGCACUUCUCUUUCUAAACAUUGAUGAUGAUUACAGCAAAAUAGAACAAUAAGGAUGGAAGAAAUUUUUCCUGUGUCUUGCAGUUUGUAAAACUGUUGUUUUUAGGUUUAAAACCAGACUUAAUCCAUAUGUGUGCACAAUAUUAAAUAUUGUACUGUAAGGGGAAAAAGUGUAAGGAUACUCCACAAUGUAUCCCAGAUGUUACAGUAGUUAUUUCUUUGUGUAAUGGCUCCAUUCAUAACAUCCGAAUGUUUAUUAUAGUGAGAUAGUUGUCAUUUUCUUAGUGGUCAGUGAUCUCAUGUUAGACAGUACAAAUAAAUGGUGUAGAACAACUGAGAAUUCAUGGAGAAAGGUGUUUAAAUGCAAACUUGUUCAUAAACUGAGUGUUUUGUGUUGCACUUGUCCUUUUAUUUAGAUAUAAAAGUUGUUCUUUUAUUGAUAAAAAAUUUAUAUUAUCUGCUUGUGUUUGAAAUAUUAAGUGUUAUCUUGCAUGAAUGUUAAUGUGAUAAAAGAGAAAAACAAAUAAUUGUUUUAAUAAUUUUUUUUACAAUUAACUAAGGGGAAAAACUGUUAUGGACAUUGAUACAUUCCGGUUAAUUUUUUUCGCCAUUCUAAGUUUACUAUCCUUUUCAACCCUAUCAUUUGAGUGGAAGAGAUCUCUAAUUGUGAUUAAAAACCACAUAGAAAGCUAUGAAAUGAAAUGAUCUAAGACAGAUAAAAUGGCCAUACUUAAUUAAACACAGAAUAUUGAUGGAAGCUGUUAGGGACAUAAAGUAGUUUUCCAUGUAACUAAAGAUAGAAUUAGUAUGUUCACCAAGUGUAAAUUUUGAUCUAAUUGUUUUUUCCUUCUGUUAUCUUGUCACUGUGUGAUUUUCAUCUGACUUCAGUAUGCUGUCUACCAGUUGUUGUUAUUAUUGGUCACUUCCAAAACUAAUCUUGGCUUUGUUGUAAAACAUGACAAAGGGAGUCUAGUUCCCUUUAUCUUUCCUCUCUCGAUGUUAACCAACACCACUUAUCACAUUUGAAAACUGUAGCCAUAUCUGUCUUGAUAUAAUUCAUAGCUCUCAGUUUUUACUUUCAUGUUUAGAUUUUAUAAAGUGCAUGCAUAUCUAUAUCUGAAUAGUUAUAGAAUAAUAAAUGAAUAAAUGUGUACAAAAGAAAAUUUAGUUGAAACAACUACUACUCCUGCUGCUGCUGCUGCUGCUACUACUACUACUACUACUACUACUACUACUACCACCACCACCACCACCACCACCUCCUCCUCCUCCUCCUCCCUCUCUCUCUCUCUCUCUCUCUCUCUCUCUCUCUCUCGUGUGUGCGUGUGUGUGUGUGUGUGUGUGUGUGUGUGUGCGCGUGCGUGCGGUAUUGUGAUAUUUGUUAAAAAAUAGUACAACCAAAAGUGUUUACUCUUGUAGAAUUUCAGGCGAAGUGUUGCCUUUUAUCUGACUUACUCUAUAAACAAUUGUGUGAUGGCUCUCUUUUAUUCCUUUUAAAACAUGGAUAAUGUUUCUAAAACAACUGUAAAUGUUGAACUUGGGUGUCUUUUGUGUGACUGUUGUAAAUGAAAAUAAGCCAUUCAGAAUUUUCAAAAACUGUCUUGAUGUGAGUUUUAAGUGUCUAUAUGUUGUUGAAAUGAAUAAAAAAUGGAGUUAAAACUCUAAUAAAAUGUUCAAAAAAUCA